GACCCCUAAUUGCUAAUUAAUCAACUGUUUAACGGGCAAAAGGUUAUAAAAGCACCUCAACUCCAAAAAAGUAGUUAACCUUUACAGAUCUCCGGUCAGGAUGUCACGUAAGUUAUCUGAUAACGGAAUUGACGGCGACGAUGAAAGAUACGAAUAUUCCGAAGAAUAUUCCGAUGAAGAAGAAAUAGAAGAAGAUGAAUAUGAACCAAGGCUUAAGUAUCAACGGAUGGGAGGCAGUGUACAAUCUCUUCUAUCAAGUGAUGCUGCCACGUGUAUUGCUGUUGCUGAACGAAUGAUUGCACUUGGUACUUACGGUGGUGCCGUUCACAUUCUAGAUUUCCUUGGCAAUCAAGUUAAAGAGUUUGCUGCGCACACUGCUGCAGUCAACGAUCUCUGCUUUGACGCAGAAGGUGAAUACAUUGGAAGCUGUUCUGAUGAUGGAUCUGUUGUAAUAAAUAGUCUUUUUACUAAUGAGAGGAUGAAAUUUGAGUAUCAUCGACCUAUGAAGGCCAUUGCUUUAGACCCAGAUUAUGUGAGAAAAUCUGCCAGAAGAUUUGUGACUGGUGGUUUAGCUGGUAAUUUGUAUCUUAAUGCGAAGAAGUGGAUGGGCUAUCGGGACCAGGUUCUGCACUCUGGUGAAGGUCCAAUUCAUGCAGUGAAGUGGCGGACUAAUCUCAUUGCCUGGGCGAAUGAUGCAGGAGUUAAAGUUUAUGAUGCUGCCAAUGAUCAGCGCAUAACUUUCAUUGAACGACCUCGUGGAAGUCCACACCCUGAACUUCUGGUCCCUCAUAUAGUUUGGCAGGAUGACACUCUUUUGGUCAUUGGAUGGGGCACCUCUGUGAAAAUUGCAUCAAUAAAAACAAUCCAGAACAAAGGCGUGAAUGGGUCAUACAAGUAUAUAACCAUGUCUAGUCUGAAUGAGGUGGAUAUUGUGGCAUCCUUUCAAACCAGCUAUUUCAUUUCAGGACUUGCUCCUUUUGGUGAUUCUUUGGUUAUUCUAGCUUAUAUUCCUGCCGAAGAAGAUAGAGAGAAGGACUUCAGCAGCACUAUUCCUUCAAGACAGAUUUUAAACCUAAGAUGGACCAAAGAUAUGAAGAGGGUUAUCUUCGGGGGGCACGUAGGGAUGGCGAAGAGGUCAUCUGUUGCUAGGAUUUGUGAAUUCAUCCAACAGGGAAAUGCUCAAAGACCAGAAGUGCGUGUUGUGACGUGGAAUAAUGAUGAGCUGGCUACCGAUGCUCUUCCUGUACAUGGCUUUGAGCAUUACAAGGCGAAAGAUUAUUCGCUUGCACAUGCUCCAUUUUCAGGUAGCAGCUAUGCAGGGGGUCAGUGGGCUGCUGGUGAUGAGCCCUUGUACUACGUUGUGUCCCCAAAAGAUGUGAUUAUUGCGAAGCCCAGGGACACAGAAGAUCAUAUUAAUUGGCUUCUCCAGCAUGGAUGGCAUGAGAAAGCUUUAGAAGCAGUUGAGGCUAAUAAGGGAAGGAGUGAGCUCGUUGAUGAGGUGGGUUCGAGAUACCUUGAUCAUCUGAUUGUGGAAAGGAAGUAUGGCGAAGCGGCAUCUUUAUGUCCAAAGUUGUUGCGAGGAUCAGCUUCCGCAUGGGAAAGGUGGGUUUUCCAUUUUGCACAUCUGCGUCAACUCCCCGUGUUGGUCCCAUACAUUCCAACAGAACAUCCAAGAUUACGUGAUACAGCUUAUGAGGUAGCUCUUGUUGCUAUGACAACAAAUCCGUCUUUCCACAAGGAUCUCUUAUCAACUGUGAAAUCAUGGCCACCUGGCAUUUAUUCUACAUCACCUGUUAUAUCAGCUAUAGAAUCUCAGCUUAAUACUUCAUCUAUGACUGAUCACCUCAAAGAGGCUCUAGCAGAAUUAUAUGUGAUUGAUGGACAACAUGAAAAAGCUUUUGCUCUUUAUGCGGAUCUUAUGAAGCCGGACCUGUUUGACUUCAUUGAAAAGCAUAAUUUGCAUGACGCUGUGCGUGAAAAGGUUGUCCAACUAAUGAUGGUUGACAGCAAGCGUACCGUACCUUUGUUGAUCCAGCAUAGGGACCUAAUACACCCGCCUGAAGUGGUAUCACAACUUAUGGCUGCAAGGAAUAAGUGUGACCAUCGUUUCCUUUUGCAUCUGUAUCUUCAUUCACUAUUUGAGGUGAAUCCUCAUGCUGGACGGGAGUACCAUGACAUGCAGGUCGAGCUUUACGCUGACUAUGAUCCAAAGAUGAUGCUUCCCUUUCUCAGAAGUAGCCAGCAUUAUACACUUGAGAAGGCUUAUGAUAUCUGCGUGAAGAGAGAUUUAUUAAAGGAGCAAGUUUUCAUCCUCGGAAGAAUGGGGAACGCAAAGCAGGCGCUUGCUGUUAUCAUAAAUAGAUUAGGAGACAUAGAAGAGGCCAUAGAAUUUGUAAGCAUGCAACAUGAUGAUGAACUAUGGGAUGAGCUGAUUAAGCAAAGUCUUAAUAAGCCCGAAAUGGUUGGUGUAUUGUUAGAGCAUACUGUAGGGAAUCUUGAUCCCCUUUGUAUUGUAAAUAUGUUGCCCAAUGGCUUGGAAAUACCUCGUCUGAGGGACCGUCUGGUCAAAAUUGUCACUGACUACAGAACAGAAACUUCUCUUAGACAUGGUUGUAAUGCCAUACUCAAGGCUGAUUGUGUCAACCUGCUAGUCAAAUACUACAAGGAAGCAAAGCGUGCAAUAUGUUUGAGUGAGGACGUCGAUCAAGCACGGUCCCAAAGGAGUGAGCAGAGGUCUUCAUAUUUAGGAGAGAGAGUCAUGAGUAUGAAAUCCAUGGAGGUCAAGUCAAAAACCAGAGGUGGUGGAAGGUGUUGCAUAUGUUUUGAUCCGUUUUCUCUACAGAACGUAUCAAUUAUUGCCUUCUUUUGUUGUCAUGCCUACCAUACAACUUGUCUUAUGGAGUCCACCAUUUCCAUUGGCAAUAAAAAAGAAGGUGGUGCUGCUUCCAAGGGAAGUGCGUCAUAUUAUGAAUUUGAUAAUGGUACUGAUGAUGAAGAAGAAGACGAUGAUGAUGAAGAUGCUUCUUCAGGUACCCCUCGGAUGCGUUGUAUUUUGUGUACUACAGCUGCAGGUUGACUGUUUGUUGUGUUUUUUUUGUGGUGUACCCUAGUUUUGCGUGGUGUGUGCAUAUAUCAUGAGCAUGUGUUAUUUAUUAGAUAGAUAGAUGCUGCUUUCUAAUGUUCUAUAUCUGUAUUUUAGGCAUUCGUACUGUAUUUAUUGUUCGAGUCAAAUUCUCUGCUAUCCCUUCAAUUAUAGGGAUGGCUUAACGCAUAAAAUUCUCUAGAUUACUUGUACAAUGCUGUUCUUUAUGGAACUGUAACUUGCUGGUUUAAUGAUUCACAAAAAAAAUUGCUUCGUUUUCUU